UCCAAAACGGUCCAGACCAAAACGGCCCAAUCCAGGACGGCCCAGAUAUAUUAAAUAUACCGUACUAUAUCGUUAUGACAAAUUAAAGAUGCUAUUAUGUAAGAUCAUAGUUGAUUUAGAAUAAAAUUAUAUUAAGGGACAAUUAUUUUUUCUGAUUGAUUGCAAUUCAGUAUAAUUAUGUUCGCAGUUUGAUUGGUCUCUUCUCUUAAAGUACACCGACUGUUUAUUGAUGUGCGUAAUUAAUCCUAUUAUAAUCAUCUGCAUAAUGCUUCUAUCACUAUAAAUGAAUUAAUUACUUUUAAGUAAUUACUUAUAUCGCGAUACAUUCUUAAAUUUAUUUGACGGUCAAAACCGUUUAAAUAAGUUAUGUCAAUUAACAUAAUUAUCUAUCUUUUACGGGCAUUUAAUUGAUUAAAAAAUUAUUUUACUUAUCACAGUUUUUACCGCGAUAUCUUUAAUGUAUUAAUUUAGAUUAGUUUGAGUAGUACAAGCGUGAAAAUAAAGCUGUAAAUUAGGUAUAAAAGCGUAGUAUUUUUUUUCAGAAGCAUCCUUAUUUCCAGAGUAUUUUUAUAGACUACGCAUUAUAUUCAUUUAUUUAAAGUGCUCACUUUAGCUAGUUUAUAACCACUAUAAUUAUGGAUUAUCCGUGCAUUGUGUGUAGUUCAGAAGUGAGGCCACGCCAGCAUGCCGUAGCCUGUGAUAAAUGUGCGAAGUGGCAACAUAGAACAUGUAAUACAGGUAUUACAGCCGCCGCAUAUAGACAAGCUGUCCGCCAAGGCGACGACAUUCCUUUUAUAUGCAAGAUGUGUGUCAGUCAGUCUCCGCAACUGUCUGUGUCCGACGAGUCCGAAAAUGAAUUGGAACCCACGAUUAUUGAGCGCAGCGUACCUGUGUAUGAGAUGGAAACUAUGGUAGACGACCAACCUUCCGUUCUUGAACUGAGUACUCCUAUUGAUAUCCAGCAGUCUGAUGAGCCACCUAUCUUAGAACGUAGUAUUCCAGAAGGCCAUGCGUUAUUUCCGGUGCCAGUCGCAGAGUCUACAGCCCUCGAAAUAGAUGACGACAACACCUUACCGACAGAACCAGAUCCCGAACCGAUCUUCAUGGAUGCAGACAGUGACGACAACAGUGAUUCCAGUAUAUCAUUCGACAUAUCUAACAGGCGCUUUAUAGAUUCGGUUCAUCCAAUUCAGGAACAGCUGGCAUCACCGUCUAAACAGUAAAGCGGGGAACAUGGGGCUGCAAUUCUACAGACUGGUGCCACUACUACAAACCGAGGCAGACGAUGUGAAAAUGGCGAUCCGCGCAGGUGAUCUGGAAAGAAACAUGAGAGGACGGUCAAAGACGUUGGAGAAAAGUCUAAGCUCCAUCUGGGACCAAUAUGAAGAGGGUAACAUCACAACAUCUAAAUUCCUCAAAAGAUGUGGCGAGCUCUACGGAGUCAGAGUGUAACUGAAGUGUACUACAAAAACUUAAAAACUAGACUGAAAAAUGAGUGUGUGAUUAUAUAUGUUAUUAUAGUGUAAAUACUUCUGUUUUUGUUUUUUAUUAUAUUAAGUGUUUUCUUGUAUGUUAUUCGUUUCUUGUCUUUAUUAUGAUUAUCUUGAAGUUACAUUGAAUAUGUUUAAAUUAUUGUGUUGUUUUAUCUGUUCUUGUAUAAAGUGUGUUUGUGUCCUGUUUCGUUGUACAUAUUCAGUUUUGUAUAGUAUUGAUUAUCAGCAUUUCCAAUAUAUAUGUAUUAUCGUAUUCAGUCAUACUGAUAAUAUUUAAUGUUCAUGUUAAUUUCAUGUAUAAGUAUGUUUUCGUGUCCUGUCCAGUUAUCAAAUUAUUUGUAUAAUAAAAUUUGUUGUCAUUUUGUAUAAUAAAAU